AUGACAAAGCAGAGGAACAUGGCAUCUGAAAGCAUCGUCGUUAUGAGCGAUGAUGAGGACCGGGAUGUGGAUAGCAAGAUGCCCUCUGACAGUGCCGUUGUCAUUGUGAGCGAUGAUGAGGAGGAUGAGGUCAUGACGAUCACUCAUUUUGCAGAAGCUUAUAGCGUGCCAAGGGUUUCGUUUGCAGUGCGGCGUUUGGGCCUCCAAGUUGGACCAGCGAUGGACCUGAAGACAGGCUAUGAUUUCGUGACAAUGGAAGGUCGAGCCAGAGCUCGUCGCAUUGUGACAGAGAUGAAACCCCUGUUCCUCAUGUUGAGCCCGCCCUGUCGCAUGUACAGCCGACUGCAGAUAUGCUUUAAGAAUUUUGCGCGAAGGCCUCCAGCUGAAGUGGCUGCGGACAAACUCCAAGCUGAUGUUAUGCUGGAGUUUGCAAUGCAGAUGGCAGACGAGCAAGUGAAGGAGGGCAGGUUCUUUGGUUUCGAGCACCCGGUCGAUGCACUCUCCUGGGAACAGCCGUGUGUAAAGAAGCAUCUGAGCAACUGCUAUUCCUGUGCUUUCGAUCAGUGCCGCCUGGGUCUGGAGGACCCUAUCACCAAGGAGCCGAUAAGAAAGCGGACUCGUUUCAUGUCGAACAGCCCGCACAUUCUCCACUUUGAAAAGUUUCAAUGUUCCUGCACAAGGCGACACAAGCACAUACGUGGCUGUGUUAACCUGAACGGCUCUAUUCCCUUGAGUGAGUUUUGUCAGCAGUACACACCACAGUUGUGCCAAGAAUUGGCCCACGUGGUUUAUGCUGCUACGACACAUGCACCGUAG